CCUGUCCCUGGUGCGUGGGGGCCAGCGGUGGGAAAGCCCGGGCUCCGGGCAGGGUUAGCCGCAGUGAGCGCGCUUGCUCCCAGGUCCUGCCCUUCUCCAGAAACUAUUCUGGAAUGGAGCAGACACAGCGUGGCAGCAGAGACCGCGGCGGCAGCGGCCGAACCCACCCUCCGCCCUCCUCGCCUACUCGGCCCGUGCCGUCGGGGAUCCCAGUGCCUUCUGCUUUCCUGCGGCCGCCCGGCCUCUUCCUGCGUGGACGCGCAGGCUGCCCGCCGGCCCCCGGGCUGGAGCGGGCAAUGGGCUGCGGCUACUCGCGGACGCCCAAGUGCGCGCGCUGUCGCAACCACGGCGUGGUGUCCGCGCUCAAGGGCCACAAGCGCUUCUGCCACUGGCGGGACUGCGCGUGUGCCAAGUGCGCUCUGAUCGCCGAGCGCCAGCGCGUCAUGGCUGCGCAGGUGGCCCUGCGCAGGCAGCAAGCGCAGGAGGAGAGCGAGGCGCGCGGGCUGCGGGGGCUGCUGUACGCGGGCCCCGGGGCGCGGUGGUCCGGAGGGGGUGCCGGGAACGAGGGCCCCCAGGAUGCCGCCCUCGAUGCCCUGCGACCGGCGAGUGGUCCGGCGACCUCCGCUUUCGAGAUUGUUCAGCAAGAUUUUGGAGAGGAAAAACAAGAACAAAAAGAGAGUAAAUGUGACUCAUGCCAGAAUGGACAAGAAGAGCCAGUCUGCAAAUCCCAUCAGCUUUCUCUAGGAUCAUCUCCUAAGUCUACCGGUGUCAAUGGGAAACAAAGUCUCUGGUCAUCUAUUUCAGAACACUCAAAUAAGCCUGAUAGCAUCCUGUCUCCUUACCCGGGAGAGCAAUCAGGAGGUGAAGACAGUCCCAGGUCCUUGUCAUCCUCUGAUUUGGAGUCAGGAAAUGAGAGUGAGUGGACCAAGGACUGCAUUGCUACCAGAGUCAGGUUUCCUACAGGGUCCUCACGGCCAAGAGACCCUAUUGAUAUUCUUACCAAGAUUUUUCCAAGCUAUGGGCGUAGCCGGCUAGAAGGCAUCCUGCAGUUCUGCAAAGGAGAUGUGGUCCAAGCCAUUGAACAGGUCUUAAAUGGGAAAGAACACGAGCCAGACACUGGGGACUUGGCACCUUCAGAAGACUUGGAGAAUACAGCCGUUCAGAGAGCUUCAAAUUUUAGUCUAGCUGGAAUUGGUUUUGGAACUCUUGGUAACAAAUCAGCUUUUUCUCCUCUUCAGACCACAUCUGCUUCUUACAGAGGUGAUUCAAGUCUCUACAGCUUAAAUCCUAGACUAGCUAUUAGUCCAUUACAGUUGGCAUAUUCUUCUCCAGGAAGAGGCUUAACAGGUUUUAUGUCACCUUACCUAACGCCUCAGCUGGUUCCAGCAUUGCCUUUUCGGCCAACUUUGGAUUAUGCCUUUUCAGGAAUUAUUAGGGAUUCUUCCUACCUUCCUAGUAAAAGCUCAAUAACUGGUGCUAGACUAUUUAUCAGACCCAAUCAGAACAAUCUAUAAUGUAUCUGCCCAUUAUCCCUUUCUGGAGUGUUUCUAGAAUUGUACAACACACAGAGACACAUCUUUUAAUAUAUGUCAGUAAGCAUAUUUCACCUACAUUUGGGGUGAAAUUUGGGGAACUAGCCCAAAUAUACCAGGCCUUAAAAAUUCUUUUUCUUAAGCAAUAUAAAAAAUUUUAGGUUUGAAGACUCUAGCAUUUAUUAAAUGAAAGAAACAUUUGAACCUUAUGCAUGUCUUGAAUAAAACUUUUAGGAAAAAUCUUAUUUAAUAACAUUUUUGUCUAAAUUAUCAUCUAUAAAGUUCUUAUUUUAAAACUAUACUUUUUAUUUUAGUGAAGAGUGGGGCUUAUAGCUGUAAAAAAUUUAUAGUUACAAAGAGUAAUCCAGCAUAAUAUAAAAUGAGCCAAGAGGAAUUAAAAUUUGUAUGAAUUUAGUAAUGAUUUUCUAAAACUUUUUCUUUUUUGUUUCUGUUCACAAGACAAAAAGUUACCAAGAUUUUUUGUUGUUUUUUUUUUUUUUUGGAACUGGGGAUCAAACUCUGGUCCUUGUGUUUGCAAGGCAGGCGGCAGAACCACUGAGCUAAAUCCCUAGCCCAACCAAGAUAUUUUAAAAAUAUUUUACAUUUUCAGAUAAGUGAUCAGUAGUAAAAUUUUUUGAGAAAUUUGAAGUUCUCAUUUUUUUGAAUGUUUUAUUUUUUACUCUUAGCUACCAUUUGCAAAAAUCAAUACCACGUUUAAAAAAUUCUCUUUACAGUUAGCAUUGUGAAUUACACAAGGGACAAUUAAGUAAUCCUUAGGAAAUGAGACUGCGCCAUCUUCUGGUCACUAUCACUUAUUGCAGCUCAGGUCCGGGAGUGAACUAGAAACACUGUUUCCUGAAAAUGUAAACAUUUUGGAAAUGACCAUUUUAAAUCAUUCUGCAUUAAAAUUUUCAUAUUGUAAAGUGCAUUCUGUGAAUGAUUUUACUGUUUUAGUGUUCUUAAGCCUGUAUCUGGGGAAAUAUCCUUUCUACAUAUGUUUGGGUCAAAAUAUGGCACCCAUUCUCAAAGGUAAAAAUAAUUUUCUUCAAAAAACCAAAAUGCCUGUUAAGACAAAAUAUUGAUUGAUUCUAUAUAGAUGAUGCUAACUGCAUUGAGGACAGAUAAGAUUUCCACAAGGGAAAAUUGCCAUUAAAAUUUAGAGGUAUUCUUGAGGUUUUAAAAUUACAUUUUGUUCCCCAUCUGGAACACUUAAAAGCUAUUUAUUUCAGUCAGUAGAAAGUCCCUGAAGAAAUUGCUUACAAAACAGUUUUAUGAAGUUUUCUUUAUAUGUCAUCAUUUUUGUAAAAGGACACUAACUUCAUUGUUAUUGUUGGGAAUAAAUGAAAACCCAGCUGUGGUAUGAAUUAGAGAUAUUUUAAACAAUUUGAGCAGCAUGAUUCACUAAAGCUUUCCUUAAUGUAUAUUCAUGUGUGUAUAUAUGUACCCAUCUAUAUAUAAAUACACAUUAAAUUUGGAUCAGUUUUAUAACUAUAAAGUCUUUAUAGUGAAGCCAAUAGGAAUAUAUAUCUAAGACAUAUUUUACCAGCAAAUAAAUUACCACAGUAUCUGAUGUGACUUUAGGAUGCAAAUAUGUUUAAUGAUUAUGCAUUUCAAUGGUGUGAAUAUGAGAAAGAUGCAUUUACUGUUCAUAUAAAGGGUUUUAGGAUCUGAGCCUAAACCCUACUACAAUGCGUGGCAAAUAGUUGGUAUUCAAUUACUGUAUACUAAAUGAAGUGAUUUUUGGAUAAUCUCUUUUGAGAUGUGGAUAAAACCAAAAAACUCUACAAAAUGGCCUACAAAUGCACACUUUUGUAUACAAUUUAGUGGGAUUCAUGUUAGAAUCCUUUGUGAGUCUUAAAUUGUUUUCCAUUACAUUAAUUCAUUUAUUGAGUGCCAUUUUUUGAAGUGCACUAGAUCCUAUAGAGAACGUCAAGUGAAAAUUGCUCUUGAAGUUAAUUAUACAGUAGAGAUCUAGGUUAAAACAGUUCUAGAACUGCUGGAUAUUUAUGCAAUUUACAUAAUGAUGUGCAUGUGUUCGUUGGGGAUACUGAAUUGCUUUUGAGCUAAGAAGAUGAACAGCCAUUUGAGUCACUUCAAAUUUUAAGCAUAAUAAUAUCAGGUAUUAGUUUAUAUAAUACUUUAUAAUUCUAUACCCCUCAUAGUACUUUUAGAAUUUAAAUAAUCUUACAGAUCAUUUGUCCAACCAGUAGAUAGAAUGUGAGGAAAUUGAAACUCAGCAGUCGUAUUUCCUAGGCCCAAGUUUAAUUCUGUGAAUCAUCAGGAGAGAUUUUUCUUACUUUAGCAAUUUCAGAUUAUUAGGUCUAAGGAACAGUUUGUGUCUCUUUUGUUUCAUCAAGCUUUGUACUGUGUCUGACCAAUAAUAGGUGCUCAAAUAGUAUUAUUUAGACUGAUUUAAGUAAAGAUCAAACCAAGUAUUAGGAAUUAACUUAUUCCUGACCACCUAUUAAAGUGCCUAAUUUCUGUAUGCACUGAACUGUAUAAAGGAUGAAGAGAUGAUUACUAUACCUAGCCUCAAGUUGUUCAUAGUCUGUUUCUGUGUGUGUAAAAAGCAACCAGCUAACCGAUGUUGGCACCAUUUGACAAUAUUGGUGUUUCAGUGAGUUUUUUGUGCAAUGAGUUCUUGACAUUUAUGUUCAUGGGUGCUCCUUCAAGACUGCAAUUCUAAGCCAAUAGUUAGGUUGGAAGGAAGAGGAGCAAACAUCAUAAGCACUACCAUAUGACCCAAGUGAAUUGAGUUUGUUCCAUAUAGAAUCAUUAUGGACAGAUGGUUCAGAACCAUAAAAAAAAGAUUUUUAUUUCACAGUUAACUGGCCAACAGUGGAAUGGCUACUUUGAAUGUUAAUUCAUCCUCUUAUUUGAAAAUACCAUAUAGAAAAUACCAGUUAGAAACCUGAUUGAUGAGAUUUUUCAUUACUGCUUCAGUGUUGGUAAUCAUUUAUAAGCUAAUCAGAAGUAUGGUAAAUAUUUGUUAAAUAAAUGAAUGAAAACAUUUUAAUUGUAAGACCAUGCAAAUGAAAAUAUCCAGCCAUUAUUUGUCAGUAAAACACCAUGCCGUUUGGCUCAUCAAACCCCUUUCUAUGUUGUAACCUCCUAGGAGAAGGUAAAGGAAGAAACAGUACUUGGUUUACAAGGUUUUCACACUGGUAAAGGUUAGUGUGAAGUGUACAGGCAUAAAGAGAUCUUGAAGAGGACAUGGAAGGGAAGAGAAGAUAAAGUUCAACGAAGUUUCUGUGAAGUACGCACCAAUAUAUCUUCCUAGAAGGAGCACUUAUUUUGGAGCUGAGAUUGAGGAUGGAUUCAGCAUUACAAUUUGGGCAGGUUCUGUACACUUCUGUAGACAUUUGUUUCUUAGUAAAAUAAGGAUAAUACCUAAUGUGCAAGAUUCGUGGAGAUAGAAGGUAAUGAGUAAAAUGUAGAGUACAAUAAUGCU